UUAUAAUUCAAAGAAAGCUGAACAUUUCUUAAUUACUUCAUUAUACUAUACAAGAAGAAGAGGUCACAUUCUCUCUCUCCCCCCAUUUCACCUUCCUCUUUUCACAAACAUUUAAGAGAUUCCACCAAUGGUCUUUUCUUUUCCGUUGGAUUGUACAGAUUUCUAGCUGAAAUACCCAUCUCAAUCCCUUUUAUUUCUGGUUGAUUUUUGGCUGUUCUCUGUGAUUCUUCUUGGAUAAUAAGACUUUAAAUCUCUCCUGGGUUCCUGGCUUUUGCUUUCCUGUGCCAGCUCUCUUUCUGGGUAGUUGCAGAAAAGCCUUCCAUACCCGGCAGUAUUAUGCUAUACAAGGCUUCCAGAGAAAAAAAUUAUUUUCACUUUUCUCAAAAUUCCUAAGUUUGUCAAUAAAUUUGUUUUCUGUUUUCUUUUAUUUUCUUUAUUUAUUUUCUUUUCCUGGUUUGUUUUUUCAAUUCCUUAUUCUUCAUUGGGGAAAAGAGUGAGACAUGGGCAAGCAUGGGCCUUGCUAUCACUGUGGAGUUACAAAUACUCCCCUUUGGCGCAAUGGGCCUCCUGAGAAGCCAGUCUUGUGCAAUGCUUGUGGAUCUCGGUGGAGGACAAAGGGAACACUUGCAAAUUAUACCCCCCUACAUGCUCGGCCAGAACCUGAUGAGUACGAGGACCACAGGGUUUCCAGGGUGAAGAAUAUAUCAAUAAAUAAGAACAAAGAAGUGAAACUGCUCAAAAGAAAGCAGGACAGUGAUAAUAUGGUGGUUUACUGUGAUGCCUCUGAUUACAACCUGGGAUUUCAAAAGGUGAUAGAUGAAGAUGCAAGUAAUAGAUCAAGUUCUGGAUCGGCAAUAUCUAACUCGGAGAGCUGUGCGCAAUUUGGUGGUGCAGAUGCAAGUGAUUUGACAGGUCCAGCUCAAUCAAUCGUGUGGGAUACAACAGUGCCUUCAAGGAAGAGGACUUGUGUGAGUCGUCCAAAGCCAUCUCCAGUUGAGAAGCUUACAAAAGAUCUAUAUACUAUUUUACAUGAACAGCAAUCUUCAUAUUUCUCUGGAUCUUCUGAAGAGGAUCUGCUUUUUGAUAGUGAAACGCCAAUGGUUUCUGUUGAGAUAGGACAUGGAAGUGUUCUCAUUAGGCAUCCGAGCUCAAUAGCUCGAGAAGAGGAAUCGGAAGCUAGCUCAAUUUCGGUUGAUAACAAACCAUUUCCGUCUAACGAGGCUUAUUCACAUUCUGCUGUCCCUCCUUUACACAACGAUGGCAAGGUUGGUUUUCCAAGUUCUGGAUUUGAAAGAAUGCAGAAUCAUUCUGGACAAGGGAUGCAACCAGAGCAACUUAAAAGGGACAAGUCUCAGAAUGAAAGCCUGCAAAUCUUGACAAGCCAUAACUCUCCACUAUGCUGUAUAGAUUUGAAUGAUGUUUUAAACUAUGAGGAGUUUAUGAGAAACUUGACAAAUGAAGAGCAACAACAUUUGCUGAAAUAUCUAUCUCCAGUUGAUACUGUUACAGUUCCUGAUAGCCUCAAAAGUAUGUGUGAUAGCUCACAAUUCAAGGAGAACUUUAUUAAUUUUCAGCAACUGCUUUUGGAAGGGGUCUUUGACAUAUCCUUCUCUGGGGCAAAGUCUGAAGACUGCAAGACUUUGAAAAGGCUUGCAUUAUUUAAUUCGACAAAAUGCAAAUGGGUCGAAAGCUAUUAUGCACUUAAGAAAUAUAAAAGUAGUGUUGGAGGAACUGUUGUUUCAGGACCUAAUGCCACUGCCCCAAGUAAUUUAAUAAAUGUGAAGAGAUUGCGGGACAGCCAAAGUCAAAAUCUUCCAGAGGUAAGGACCAUGAUGAAGUGCCCGAAAAGGGUGAUCACGAAGGCCAGCUAUGAGACCAAGGAACUCGUAGACAAUGAUGGCUCUUGCUUUAGUCCAAGAAGCCUUUUUGCUCUGCCUUCGGAUGGCAGUUCCCUCAUGCUUGAUUCCUUAAAUUUUGUUGAAGAAAAUUCUGACCAGGAUCUUCUGCUGGACGUUCCACCCAAUGGCUCUUUCCCGCAGGCAGAGCUCCUUGAACCAGCUUUAAGUUAUGGAGCCCAGCAGGCAAGUGCUAGUAGUAGUUCGAUAUACCCACAUCUUGGCCGUUGGUGACAGUGAACCUGUGACUAGGGUUCACAUAUUUUGGAUGGUAACUAUAAGAAUGUCUGUGAAUGAGCUUUGCUGGUUGAUCUUUUUUCCUUUUUACGAUUUUGAACUUGGAAUGUUAAGGAUGAAAUUUGUGGGUUUUUUGUAUAGGUUUACAACAGAUUGUAACAUGAUACAGAUGUGUUAAUUUC